AUGGACUUGGAGAAGGAAGGCAGCUGGAGCAUAUCAUUUGCUGGCUCAGGUUUCCUGGGUCUCUACCACGUGGGCGUGACCCACUGUCUGCAGGAGCAUGCCCCCAGCCUCCUCCAGGGCGCCCACCGCUUCUAUGGCUCCUCAUCCGGAGCGCUCUAUGCGACCUGCUUUGUCUGUGGAAUGUCUGUUGACUACUGCUGCUCGAACCUCCUGGGAAUGAUCAAGGUGAUCAAGAGGUUGAGUCUGGGCAUCUUCCAUCCAGCCUUUGCUCCCAUUGACCACAUCAAGUCAGUGUUGCAAAAGACUCUGCCCAACAAUGCGCACAUCCUGGCCUCCAAGCGGCUGGGCAUCUCUCUGACCCACUGGCCAGAUGGCAAGAAUGUCAUAGUUACCAACUUUGCCACCCGAGAUGAGCUCAUCCAGGCCAUGGUGUGUACACUGUACUUCCCUGUCUACUGUGGGGUGAUUCCCCCUGAAUUCAGAGGGGAGCGCUACUUUGAUGGUGCUCUGAGCAACAACGUACCCUUCAAGAACAAUGGUUCCACCAUCACUGUGUCCCCCUAUCAUGGGACACUGGACAUUUGUCCCCAGGAAAACAUCGUAAAAUCCAGUUUACCAUUCUACAACAGGAAAUUCUUGAUGGGGUACCUGGCCCUCUUUCCCCCGAGUCCAGAGGUAGUGGCUGACAUCUGCAGACAAGGCUACCUGGAUGCUCUGAGAUUCCUGGAGAUGCGGGGACUCACCAAGGAGCCGAUACUGUGGAGUUUGGCAUCUAAGGCACCUCCAUGCCCUGCUGAAGGAACCCAGAACUCUGGCUGCAACCAGGAAGGGAAGGCGGGCCUGACUCUCAACUGGGCAGUGCCCAACGUGUUGGUCAAGGACGUGCCCAACUUUGAGCAGCUCUUGCCAGAACUGGAGGCAGCCCUGAGGAAGGCGUGCAUGAGGAAGCCUGGCCUCUGGGCACGCUUCUGGUGGUCGGGCUCUGGGCAGGUGCUGACAUAUCUACUCCUGCCCUGCACACUGCCUGUGGAGUAUGUCUACUUCCGAUCCAAGAGGGUGAUGGUUUGGCUUCCUGAUGCACCGGCAGAUCUGCGCUGGAUGCUGGGACAGCUUUGGAGCUUAGUCCAUGAGCUGUACUCCUGGACAAAGACACAGCUUCUCUGGGCUGUCAGGUGA